UUUUGCAUGCGUUGUCGUCAUUUCAGGCCAACGUUUUAUCGGAUAUUCAAGAAGAAAUCGACUGAGGGAUUUCAGUCGAUCCCUUACUCGGUGGCGUUAUUCAGCGCCAUGCUGUAUUUGUACUACGCUUUUCUGAAGACAAACGUUUUGAUUCUCGUCACGAUAAACUCUUUCGGAAGCGUCGUAGAAGUUGGCUAUCUCGUAACGUACCUGAUUUAUGCAACGAAAGAAUCCAGAGUCUUUACGACGAAGCUGCUGAUGCUGUUCAAUGUGUCAUCGCUCGGAUUUAUUAUUGCAGUAACACAUUUUCUUGCAAACGGCGAUACACGUCUCAAAAUUGUUGGAUGGAUUUGCGCAGCCUUUUCCGUUAGUGUUUUUGCUGCCCCUCUUAGUAUUAUGAGGCGAGUCAUACAGACGAAAAGCGUCGAGUUCAUGCCAUUUACACUUUCUUUAUUCCUAACCAUAUGCGCUGUCGUAUGGUUCUUUUACGGAUUUCUGAUACACGAUUUCUACAUCGCCACACCAAACAUAGUGGGAUUCGUAUUGGGGAUCGCACAGAUGACUCUAUACGUCGUGUACAAGAACAAGAAUCCGAAAAAGAAUAUCCUCCCCGUAGAAAUUACCAAAGUUCAUGAUCUCCAAACAAGUACAAUCAUCGUGGAAAUGAAAGCCAUCGAUCCUCAGCCACAAGAUCGUGAUUCGGAGAAUCCAACGGUGAAGCACGAACUAGAGCUCGUUGUCAACGUUCUUGAUUACGGUGAACAAGUCCCUGCAAAUAUAGUUGUUUGUCCUCCAGUCUAACGAACCUACGUGGUGAAAUAAUUAAAUACCUUAAUAAUCGAUGCAUAUCGAUCAUACGUAAAUGAUUUUAUGUUGUGUGUUUUGGUAAUUAAUUAGAGGCCAUAAAUAAUAGACAAAUGUAGAACCUAAUUUUGUAAUAAUGUAAUAAUUAUUUGUUGUGUUGUAACAAAGUCCAAUGUAAUCAAAUCUAUUCUUGUUUUGCACUCUGUCAGUUUCGUUUUUUCUGGUUGUUUUUUUAACCAAAAUUGCAAUU